ACGAAUCCCAGGGAACCUCAGUGCGCUCGCUAUUAAUGUCAAUAUGGCCACUGUCAGUCAGACAAAGGCGAAUCAGUCUCGCCACGAAAUGAAAUCAAAUUAGCAAGCUAGAGGAGGACGGAUGGCAUUGUGAAAAGCGGCUGGUGCAUGUUCCGUGUCGGGUAUAUAGAAGAGGACUUGUCACGAGGCCCAACUAAACACCGGUUUAUUAAAUGCUGUGGAGGACGGGGGACCUAGAUACUAAGAUCAAGGAUGUCUCAGUUCACAGAUGAGCCUCGCUUCACCAUCGAGCAGAUUGACCUGCUCCAGCGGCUGAGGAGGACGGGCAUGACCAAGCCAGAGAUCCUCCAUGCCCUGGACACCCUGGACAGACUGGACCGCCAGCAUGGACACAAGUUUGGACGCCGUCCCCAGACGCAGCUCCAGCCUGCCGAUCAGGGACCGACGUCCAACAGCAAUGCUAAUACGAUGUCUUCUUCCUCGUCCAAUAACGUUGUGGCGUCCUCAUCGACGUCUACGACCGCCACACAGACUGGUUACCGGGGGAAUGGGAGUGGUGAGAGUGGUCUGUCGCCAUCACCUAGCAACAACUAUGAUAUGUCACCGCCCCCUCUGGCGGUUGUAUCUGCCCCUGUUGCUAUGGCAGCUGUGGCUCAGAACGGGUGUGGGGUUGGUGGCGGUGGCGAGAUGGUUCCCAUGACGAACGGAAAGCUGUCUCCACCACGGUUUCCUGUCAGUGCGGUUAGUGGUGGUGUGACGGGGAGAGGCUACGGGUUUGAGGCCAGCGAGGAGGAACUAGACGUGGACGACAAAGUGGAGGAACUCAUGAGAAGGGACAGUGCCAUAAUCAAGGAGGAGAUCAAGGUGUUCCUGGGGAACAGGCGCAUCUCUCAGGCCGUGGUGGCUCAGGUCACAGGUAUCAGUCAGAGUCGUAUCUCCCACUGGCUGCUCCAGCAGGGCUCGGACCUCAGUGAACAGAAGAAGAGGGCCUUCUACCGCUGGUAUCAGUUGGAGAAGACCACCCCCGGUGCCACUCUGACGAUGCGGCCCGCCCCCAUGUCUCUGGAGGAUGUGGUUGAGUGGCGGCAGACUCUGCCCCCUAUAAGCUCCACCCCCGGGAGCUUCCGUCUGCGCCGAGGCAGUCGCUUCACCUGGAGGAAAGAAUGUCUGGCUGUGAUGGAGAGUUACUUCAAUGACAACCAGUACCCUGAUGAAGCUAAAAGAGAGGAGAUCGCUAACGCCUGCAACGCUGUCAUCCAGAAACCAGGUGAGAACCAGCAGGAGGAAACAUGGAGAAACGAAAGAGGGAAGAAGCUGUCUGAUCUGGAGAAAGUCACGUCUCUGAAGGUCUACAACUGGUUCGCCAACCGCCGCAAGGAGAUCAAGAGACGCGCCAACAUAGAAGCAGCAAUCCUGGAGAGCCAUGGGAUCGACGUCCAGAGUCCUGGAGGACACUCCAACAGCGAUGACAUUGACGGGAAUGACUUCCCUGACCAGGGCUGUGAAGUCCCUCUGUUUGAGAAGAGAGCGGUUACCAGACCCUUCAGUCUCAGCCGACUAGACCUGUCCUCUCCCACACAGGUGCCCACCCUGCUGCCCAGCUGGCUGGCGGCUUGGCCCGGCUCGGGUAGGGGGGGCUUAGCCGCCCAGAGGGCUAGCUCUCUGAUUGGCCGCUCCUUGCUCUCUGGGGUGGGUCUUGCUCAGGGGGCAGGGAUGGAAGGUUCCAGACUGACGGGUGUGUCCUGGUCUCCCCCCUCCCUCCAGGAUGACGACUCCACCAAUCACAGCAAUGCCCUGGAGCACCAGGAUCCCAUCGCCCUCGCCGUGGAGAUGGCGGCCGUCAAUCACAGCAUCCUCGCCCUGGCAACACAGGCAGGGGGAGGAUUGGCCCUGGGUGGGACAGAAAGUGACAUCAAAACAGAGGUGCUGGACAACGACUAGGGGGGGUUUGGGAGGAGAGGGAAAGGUGUCUAAUUCUGCGUUCAUAAUCAAGUGGGAAGGUUGUAAUUACCAGUUGUGAAGUCGUAAAAACGUGUUGGAUACAUUCACGUGCUUUGAACUCGUUGAGAAACGCUGAUUGCCUAAUGGUAAACAGGCUGCGUCAACCAUAAACUAUACGUACAACUAUAAUGCUUGUCAACAAAUUAUAGUGUUCAAAAAACAUAUUAAUAGAUAGCUUUUUAAAGUUAUGUUUUGUUGUUGCAUUUAACUGCCGAAAAUGCUGUUAUCAAAGUCAUUCCCUUAGUAGGUGACGUCAGAGUUCAGCGUGUGGGAGAAGUCGGAGCUCAGGAAUGAUAGACGAGUUUCCCACUAGCAACUACCACUCAGUCGUAUGUGGUAAAUACCACCUUCCCACUUGGUUAUGAACGCAGUAUGUGUUUGUGUGUGCGUGAGCAUGCGUGCGAGAAUACAAGAGGGAGUGGCUAUCGUAGAUUAGGAAAACAUUUGUUGGGAGCAAGUAGAGCUUGUUGGAAUGUUACACUGUAAACGAUGACCAAAAGUAAUGCAUAUGCUUAGAGACUGUCAAAGCUAAAGUAACAGGCAUCCCCUUACCUCUACCUCCCUAUUUCCUAGCCCCUAGUAACCCCUUUAGACUGUUCUAGGGGUAUUGUGUUGGGAGGCCUGGCCCUAAAGUUGUGUGUCUAUGAAACAGUCAUACAGUGUAUGUGAGGUAUAUUAUACUCUUGUCUGUGUGAGUCUAAAGAAUCAGAAUAGGUUAUUAUGGAACCCUGCACACCUCCCUCUGCAUUCUGAUUUUGGCACCUUCUCCCCAACGUGCACCAUACGCUAUUUGAUUCUCUUACUCCCUUGACUCCACUCUCACUCCAUCUUUCUUUUCCACCUCACCCAGACAUAUUCCUUCCUAACUCUCUCGCAUGAUCUAUUACACUGUCUGUUCACCCCUCCCUUCUCACUCUCAUCUGUCUGUCCCUUUUUACUUGUCUCCACCUCCAACUUCGCAGUAUAAGGGAGAGAGAGAGGGAGUGGUGAGGGUUUUCAACAGGCCUCUGUAGAAGCCUAUAUAAUCCCUCAAAUGUAUAAAUAUGUCCCCUUGUUGUAGCACUACCUAAACUGGAUAGGUUUAAAGCAAGUGAAAUCA